AUGCAGGCGAUGAGCGCGCAGAGCGUGAACCACGCCCCGAGCCCGAGCGCGCAGGAGAUUAAAAAGUUUACGCAAAUCUGUCCAAAGUGCGCCACGCACACCGCGAUCGUCGAGGAUCACGCGUCUGGGGAUUUGAUAUGCACCGAAUGCGGAUUGGUGAUCGAAUCGAGGAUCAUCGACGAGUGCUCGGAGUGGCGGACGUUCGGGGACGGCGAUAAGGAUAAGAAUGGGGCCGAUCCGUCGCGCACGGUGGGGGCGACGAACGUCAUGCUCACGGGUGGCGGAUUGAGCACGACGAUCGGGAAGAAUCCGGAUGGGACGUAUAACGCCACGCUGACGCGAUUGCAUAAUCGCGGGAUGAAUCCGGAUAAGGCGCUCAUCGCGGCGUUUCACAGCAUCGGCGAGUUCGCGGAUGCGAUGGGGAUGAAUCGCGUGGUCAAGGACGGAGCGUGCGAUUUGUAUCGGAUGGUGACGAGCGCGCACUCGACGCUGGGGAAAUCGAACGCAGCGAUGUACGCGGCGUGUCUGUACAUCGCCGCGAGGCAAGAAGGGAUGACGCGGACGUUUAAGGAGGUGUGCGGCGCGGCGCAAGGAACGACGGUGAAGGAAAUAGGACGAUGCUACAAGUUCAUCUUAAAGGUGUGCGAUGGGUUGAACAUGCAAAUGAACGAACAGAUGAUCACGCCGGAACUCCUCACAAAUCGCUUCUGCGGCAACCUCGGGAUCGGUGAGCACGAGUACUUGAAGCUGUGCUCUCACAUCGUGAGGACGUUUAAGGAACUGAGAGACUCGGAGGGUCAUCGGAGCGAGAAGCAGCCCGCGUCCGUGGCCGCGGCUUCCAUCUUCAUCUCCGCCGUCGUGAAGGGGAUUCACAAAGAUAAGGCGAGCCUAUUCCGAAUCUCCGAGGUGAGUGGCAUGGCGGAGGUUACCAUUCGCACGUCGUUUUUCGACAUGGUCCCGUACGCCUCGAAGUUGCUACCCUCGGCGAACCAGGAUCGGUUGGCGUUCUUGUUGGAGGAGGCGGAGCGCAUGCGCGCUGGAUCGACGAUGACGUUGCCGACGCACGCGGCUAAGCAAUAUCUGCCGGCCUCGAUGCCGCUGUUGACGCUCGACGACAUCGAUGCGGGCGACGUCUUUGACGAAUUGCCGGGAGAUGUGAAAAUAGAAGUGAAGGAGGAGAUCACGUAG